GACGCUUCGUGUCGGAAGCAAUUAGGCGGGAAACAGGAACCGACGGAAUCGUAACCGGAAAAGGCGUCACCGAGCGGCGGCUGUACACCGGGCCAUCCUCCAGGGGCCUCAUCCUACCGUUACGCGUCUUAUACACGGAAACUAUAAAGGCUGCAACAAAAGAGGGAACUUCAGUCUGUUUUGAAGCAUUGAGAAGGAGGGUGCUGUUUGGUUCUCUUUGCCGUCAGACAUUUGCCCCUUGUGCUGAAUCACAAUGCUGCCUGUUCAUAUUCUUUACAGUUUUGACGUCUUACUGCUAAGGGUUCAAUGGAGAAAACGGCUAGAAGAGGAGAGACGGGAACGUCGCCGUCGCUAUGUGAUCCACCCAAAUAUGUCGGAUCACCUGACACGUGGGGCGCAUAGCACUCUAUAUGUGGAGCUCCGUCGCCACCCUGAAAAGUUCAGGGACUUCUUGAGGAUGUCCGUAGAGAGUUUUGAUGUUCUUCUUCAGCAAGUAAAGACUAGGAUUCAGUGCCAGGACAACCAAUUACGAAGGAGGGUAUCGCCAGAGGAACGCCUCAUUGUUACCCUAAGGUUCCUAGCCACUGGAGAAAGCUUUUCAUCACUGAAUUUCCAGUUUUUUCUUGGAAAAUCUACAAUCUCAAGCAUUGUGCGGGACACUUGCAAGGCCCUCUGGGAAUGUCUUCAUCAAGAGUUUAUUCCACAUCCUUCUGUGCAACAGUGGAUUGACAUUGCUGACAAGUUUUGGGAAGUGACAAGAUUUCCAAACUGUGUUGGUGCAGUGAAUGGGAAGCACAUCCUGAUCCAGAGGCCUUCAAAUCCUGAGUCAGAAUUCUUGUCCACCAUCAUUAUGGCCAUUGCUAAUGCCGAGUAUAAGUUUGUCGCUGUGGACAUUGGGCAAUAUGGGCGGACAAAUGAGUCCAGAGUCAUCAGGAAUUCUGCCAUGGUGAGAAGGCUUUAUUCUGGUGACUUUGGACUUCCUGCAGCCAGGCCUUUUCCUGGGACAGAUGGCUCUCCAAUGCCAUUUGUUUUUGUUGGUGAUGAGGCCUCUCAAAUGUGUGGCAAUUUGGUGAAGCCAUAUUCCAGGCAAGGCCUAAACUAUCGCCAAAGGGUCUACAAUCAUAGACUGACACGUGCCAGACGAAGUGUAGAAUAUGCCUUUGGCAUUAUGACGUCUAGAUGGCAAAUCUUCACUCGGCCCAUCCAAGUGUCCCCGACAGUGGUUAAAGACUUGGUUAAAGCAGCUGUUGUUCUACAUAACUUCAUCUUAUCCAAGGAGCCUCUUCCUAUUGACUAUGAAGAAAUGGUGUCAUCUUUAUCUGGACUUCAGGGCUCUUCACGGCGAUCAAAUGUGGCGUUUAAGCAGAUGAGAAACUAUUUUUCUCAAUAUUUCCUGUCAGAACAUGGCUGGGUGGAUGGGCAGGAUUGUAUGAUUUAAACAGUCUUGUUUUUUUUUUAUUUAUUCUGCGUUGCCUUUGUUCAUCUUUAACUUGUUAACCCUUUAAGAAUGCAGGGUUUACGUCCUGCUAAUACCGAAUAUCAGCGAUCAACCCCAUUUUUUCAAUUAGACCCUUAGAUGACACAAAGUUGAUCAAAGGAAAAAUCACUGCCGGUUAGCUCAGGGAGCUGAUCGGGACCAACAUGACGUAAUUGCGUAAUUAAGGGGACCGGACCAACUAAGAGGACGGUGGAGGGCCCUUACCCUGCUCUGUCAUGUCCAUAUUUCUCCAGUACUUCAGACAGCCUGUAGUAAUGGAAUGCCGAUAACACUGAUAAGUUCUGUUCUAUGGUACAGCAUUAAGUGUGUGCAAUUGAAAAAGUGCAUGUAUUAAUCCCCUAUGGGGACUAAAAGUUUGAAGAAGAAAAAAUAAAUAUUUAUGAAAAAAAGUGACUAAACCUCUUACCUAAUU